AUGAAACAUAAAGUUAAACGUGACAUAAUAAAAUGCAAAAAAAAGUUAGAAAAUUCUAUUAAAGCUUUGGAAGAAAAAAUUUUAAGACUUGAAAUAGAAUAUCAUAAAAAUUGUAAUGUUGAUGGUGGGAAUCUAAUGAAAGGUUGGGACAACUAUUUAAGAAAAGCAUCCCUAGAGCCAUUAUGUUUUAGAACAUUUAGAGAUGACCAUAACGAUGCAUUUGUAGAACGGAUGCUCUCCCUAACCUCCUGCACAUCCCCAGCGGCUGUUUUUUUUCAAAAUGAAAAUCCUGAAAAAGGAAAAUAUAAUCGUUAA